AUGGCAGUUGGCAAGAAGCUCCGCGAGUACUUCCACACGGAGUACCAGCCUGGCGAGCGCAAGCUGGUCCAGAAGAUUGACUUCUUCAUCCUGACCUUUUGCUGUCUCAGCUACUUCACCAACUAUCUCGACCGCUCCAACCUCAACCAGGCCUAUGUCUCUGGCAUGAAGGAGGAUCUCCACUUUGUCGGAGAUCAGCUCAACGUCAUCAACACAUGUUUCACCGUCGGCUAUGUCGUCGGCAUGCUGCCGGCUAACCUGUCCCUGCACUACAUUGCCCCGAGACUCUUUUUCCCAUCAUGCAUGAUCGUGUGGGCCGGCCUUACCAUGCUCACGGCUACUGCCCAGCAGCCGCAGAGCAUCAUGGCCAUCCGCUUCUUCCAGGGCAUCUUUGAGGCCACCACGUUUGUGGGAACCCACUACAUCCUGGGCUCGUGGUACACUGAGCGGGAGCUGGGAAAGCGUUCGGGCAUCUUCACUGCGUCCGGACUCGCGGGCACCAUGAUCGGCGGCUUCAUCCAGACUGGCAUCUACUCCACCAUGAACGGCAGACACGGCCUUGCUGGCUGGCGCUGGCUGUUCAUCAUUGACGGCAUCAUCACUCUGCCCGUCGCCGCAUAUGGCUACAUCUUCUUCCCGGACACCCCUGCCACCACCAAGGCCUUCUACCUCACCGAUGCGGAAAAGGCUCUUGCUGUCUCUCGUGUGCCAACCGUGGAAGAUCGCUCACCCCUGUCCGUUCGGUUCUUCAAGAAGACGUUCACUUCAUGGUACUUCUGGGGCUUCGUCAUGCUGUGGAUCCUAGCCGGUGAGACAGAGUCGUUCAGCACCAACGCCCUGCUGUCGCUGUACCUGAAGGGCCACCCGGUCAACAAAUACACCGUCCAGCAGCUGAACAAUUACCCGUCCGGCGUGCCAGCCGUGGGUAUAGUCUCGACGCUGUUCUGGGCGACGCUGACCGACUUCCUGAACGGCAAGCGCUACCUUGUCGGCUACUUCAUUGGCAUUGUCGGUGUCGCGACGUCGGCCAUGAUCCUCGCCGCGCACAACAACCCGGAGAGCGCAUCCUCGACGGCGGUCGUCUUUGGCGCAUACUACUGGGCGGGCACCGUGUACGCGUGCCAGGCCACGUUCUUUGCGUGGGCCAACGACGCGCUCCGCUACGAGGAGCAGAUGUUCCGCGCCAUCGUCCUCGCCGGCAUGAACCUGGGAAGCAACGCAGUCAAUGCCUGGUGGAGUAUCGUGUUCUAUGGCGCUUCCAUGGCACCGUGGUUUACCAGAGGCAUGUACGCCAUGAUUGCCGUGUCGAUUGCGCUGGCACUCUGGACGGCUGCGCUGUCGUACACGACUGCGAAGCUGGAGCGGAAGCGCAAGGCCGAGUUUGGCGUGACGACCGGAGUGAGCCAGGACCACAAGAUCGUUGACGACGGGGAUGUCGAGGGCACGACUGCCGCUGAGGCUCCCACCAAGGCGGACGACCACAUCACCGGCGCCAUGGCGAAGAACCUGCUCCAUAGAUUAGGGACUUACACGGCCUGGGCUCUUGUCUCGAGCACACUAGCACUUGUCGCCGUGGUCGUAUUCUUGCACUUUGUGUGGUUUGGCAACGAGACUGACACAGCAUGGCGCGACCUUGUCAGCCAGGACUGGCGCCUCCCGUCGGCAGUCACCCUCUCGGCACUCGUCAUUCGUGCAGCUGUGGCGGCCCAGACGGCAGCCGCCAUCUCGCUGGUGGCCGCCGUGCUGCUCGAGACACAUGUCAAGCUGUCGCGAGUGCCCGAGAUUUCCAUAAUGCGCUUCGCAAACCCGGGCUCAUGCGUCACCGGCUGGAUCAUGCUCGAGACAGUCGCAAAAAGCCCCGUGGCGGGGAUCCUAGGGUUCUCGCUGCUCGUCUGCUCGCUGGCGUUGCAGUUUUCGUCGACGAUACUCCUCACCGACUUUGACACGGUCCCUGCAUUGACCACCAAUAUCACAACAGAGCUCAAUGUGGCACUAAGUGGUGCGGUGGCAGCCCGCUUGCCCCAGGACGAUGUCGCCUUCGGCGAUGUCUGGGCUACCCGACCCAGCAGCUAUCAAGCCUUUGCAGAAUAUCACGAUCCCACCUACAGGCAAUUUUCAGAGGACAUCCACGACACGGGCGUCACAAUCAGAGGCUUCUUGCCGAUCAGCGACAGGAGCCAAAGAGAGGCGCUGUUUCGGUAUCACGGCUACAGCACUCUUGUCGAUAUGCGCGUUGCCUGCGUCAGGCCAGAUCUGCAGGACGUCCAGCUGAAGGAAGCCACGCGAUGGGCAGCGCCCAUUAGCUACCCUCAAUUCGUGGGCCGUGUCACUGCUGGCGAUGUACCGCUCCUGCCACCACAAAUGAUCAAUCAGACCAUGGCCUUUCGCUGCUUGGGCCCGGACACCAGCGACAGCGGCCCGGUGUGGGCAGGUCUCGGCUCGUUUACGCUCUGCCCGUUGGACCUGCCAGCGACUGGUCUUGCGUCGCGUCUGACCCACGGGACACAACUCGGCAACGCCUAUCUGCUCCUUGAGCACAUGAACUCGAGUAUAGAAUCCGUCAGCUCGGCUGGUAUCUUGACCUCGCAAGACUGGACCGCAAGCCCCGACGGCCUCUGGACAAAGUUGAGCCCACCUCCGUCGGCAGAAAGCAAGGCUGGUGUGCGAGCAACAUUGUGCUUUGAUGCUCGGAACCUGGUGAAUACUACACGUCUCGUGACAGCAACCAGUGCCACAACAACACGGGCCGAACCCGAAGUAGGCAUCACUGCACCAGGUGCUGCGAACGAUGGAAAUAGUUAUACCGCCAGAUUCGACACGAAAGCUGUGCGCACACAGCUUGGGGCAACUAUACCAAUUCUCGACCAUGAGAAGCGAGGCGUACUGGAUCUGCAUGUCACUCCAGACUUCAGCGAGCCGCAGCUUGCCGUCAAAGGAGGAGGAGGAGGCCACAACCCAGCACUGAACCAGAACCUCGGGUUCUCGACAAUACACCCGCAUCUAGGCAUCGAUGCGAUAUUCUUGUGCUACGGCUGCCUUCCCGGGCACAAGUGGCAGAGCAUGCCCGGCAAUGUCCAUCUAGCGGACGAGCGGGUCAGGGACAUAUUCCUUGACACGCUCGAGGACACUGGGAGUCCGGCUCUGGCGCUCCAGGCCAUCUUCACGGUCGUCAUGCAGAUGGGCUACCAGAAACUCAUGCCGUAUUUCAGCCUGCAGGACACGGGCAUCAUCACCGUCAAGAAAAGCGUCAGGCUCCCCGUCUCAAAGCGCGGGUUCGGCAUCGUGGCGGGGCUGGUCGCCGCCCACUGCGUCCUCGUCCUCGUCGCUGUUGUCUUGUUUGCCAGGUUCAGCAGACACACGGUGCUGUCAAACAUGUGGCAGGUCAUGACACAGAUGGUUGAAGAGGAUGGUUUGGAUGGUGCGAGAUCUCCGGGCUACCUCGGAGGCGAUCACUUCUACCACGACCUUUGUGAUAGAGGGCGGCGGCGGGUCGGCACGGGCUGGUCCUUGAAAGCUGUCCCCGGACCCGGCGCCGGGUCUCCACGCAGAGACAUCUCCCCGAUCGUUUCCAUACGGCCAAAUCAGAGCAGCAGAGCUUCGCGCGCAUCCACUGCGAGCAGUUUCAAGUCGCAAGAAUCGGCCAAGUCGGAAACCUCGAGCACCGUGCAAGCGCCUUGA